AAAUCAUUUUAGAUCAUGAAAUAUUUAUCAAUUUGUAGAAUUGCAUUUAUAAAUUUAAUUUCUGUUAGAAUUGUAUGUUUUAUUUUGAGUUUAAAUUUUUUAUUAAAUGAUAUAAUUUAUUUUAUUGAAUGAGAGUUAGUUUCAUUAAAUUCGAUUUCAAUUGUUAUAACUUUUUUAUUUGAUUGAAUAAGUUUACUAUUUAUAUCAUUUGUUUUAAUAAUUGCUUCUUUAGUAAUUUAUUACAGAAAAGAAUAUAUAAGAGCUGAUAUUAAUAUUAAUCGUUUUAUUAUAUUAGUUUUAAUAUUUGUUAUAUCUAUAAUAUUAUUAAUUAUUAGUCCUAAUUUAAUUAGUAUUCUAUUAGGAUGAGAUGGUUUAGGUCUUGUUUCUUAUUGUUUAGUUAUUUAUUUUCAAAAUAUUAAAUCUUAUAAUGCUGGUAUAUUAACUGCUUUGUCUAAUCGAAUUGGAGAUGUAGCUUUAUUAUUAGCAAUUGCAUGAAUAUUAAAUUAUGGGAGAUGAAACUAUAUUUUUUAUUUAGAAAUUAUGCAAAAUGAAUUUGAAAUAAAUAUUAUUGGUGUUUUAGUUAUAUUAGCUGCUAUAACUAAGAGAGCACAAAUUCCAUUUUCUUCAUGAUUACCCGCUGCGAUAGCUGCUCCAACUCCUGUUUCUGCUUUAGUUCAUUCGUCUACUUUAGUUACAGCUGGGGUUUAUUUAUUAAUUCGAUUUAAUAUUUUAUUAAGAAAUUCAUUAUUAGGUCAAUUUUUGCUUUUAUUAUCGGGGUUAACAAUAUUUAUAGCUGGUUUGGGGGCUAAUUUUGAAUUUGAUUUAAAAAAAAUUAUUGCUUUAUCAACAUUAAGACAAUUAGGUUUAAUAAUAAGAAUUUUAUCAAUAGGUUUUUAUAAAUUAGCUAUAUUUCAUUUAUUAACUCACGCUUUAUUUAAAGCAUUAUUAUUUAUAUGUGCAGGGGCUAUUAUUCAUAAUAUAAAUAAUUCGCAAGAUAUUCGAUUAAUGGGGGGGGUUAAGAAUUCAUAUACCAUUAACUUCUGCUUGUUUUAAUGUUUCAAAUUUAGCUCUUUGUGGUAUACCAUUUUUAGCCGGAUUUUAUUCGAAAGAUUUAAUUUUAGAAAUUGUAAGAAUAAGAAAUAUUAAUAUAUUUUCUUUUUUUUUAUACUUUUUUUCUACUGGUUUAACAGUGUGUUAUUCUUUUCGUUUAGUUUUUUAUUCAAUAACUGGAGAUUUAAAUUGUAGAAGAUUAAAUAUAUUAAAUGAUGAAGGUUGAAUUAUAUUACGAGGUAUAUUGGGGUUAUUAUUUAUAAGAAUUAUUGGAGGAAGUAUAUUAAAUUGAUUAAUUUUUUCUACCCCAGAUAUAGUUUGUUUACCUAUUAAUAUAAAAAUAUUAACUUUGUUUGUUUGUAUUUCAGGAGGGUUAAUUGGUUAUAUAAUUUCUUUAAGAAAUUUGUAUAGAGUAAAUAAAUCUCAUAAAUUUUAUAACUUGUCAGUUUUUAUAGGUUCAAUAUGAUUUAUACCUUUUAUUAGAACUUAUGGUAUUAUUUGUUUUCCUUUAAAUUAUGGUCAAGUUGUUUAUAAAAGUUUUGAUCAAGGUUGGUCAGAAUAUUUUGGGGGGCAAUAUUUAUACAAAAAGUUAGUAAAUUAUUCACAAAUAUUACUUUUAAUACAUAAUAAUAGAUUAAAAAUUUAUUUGAUAUUAUUUGUGUUAUGAAUUUUAAUUUUAUUAAGAUUUUUAAUUCUUUUAUAAGUUCAAAUAGCUUAUAUUUAGAGUAUAACACUGAAGAUGUUAUGGAGAUUUUUUAAUCUUUGAACAUUCUAU